AUGUUACGAUCGGACGAAAGUGCAGGUACGGUGACCUCGUCGUCGCGGAUUUGUAGCUUGGAUCACGAUGUUUCGACCGAGGUGAAACCGUACGAGGAAAUCCCGGGACCGAAACCGAUCCCGAUCCUCGGGAAUACCUGGAGGUUGUUUCCGGUGAUCGGACAAUACCAGAUAUCGGACAUGGCCAGAGUGUCGCAGAUAUUCCACGACCAAUAUGGAAGGAUCGUACGACUGAGUGGUCUGAUAGGCAGACCGGAUCUGUUAUUCGUUUACGAUGCCGAUGAGAUCGAAAAGAUUUACAGACAGGAAGGACCGACACCUUUCAGACCGUCGAUGCCGUGUUUGGUGCGCUAUAAGAGCAUCGUCAGAAAGGAUUUCUUCGGAAGUUUGCCUGGCGUUGUUGGUGUACACGGUGAACCUUGGCGAGAAUUUCGUACACGUGUCCAGAAACCAGUUCUCCAGCCGCGAACCGUUCGAAAGUAUAUAACACCCAUCGAAGUGGUCACUGCUGACUUCAUAAAAAGAAUUGAAGAGAUCAAGGAUAAUGAUGGAGAACUGCCAGGAGACUUUGACAAUGAGAUACACAAAUGGGCACUAGAGUGUAUCGGUCGGGUUGCCCUUGAUGUACGACUGGGAUGUCUAGGAGGUACCCUGAUUCCGGAUUCAGAACCACAGAAGAUUAUAGAUGCUGCGAAGUUUGCAUUAAGAAAUGUAGCCGUGCUUGAAUUGAAAGCUCCUUUUUGGAGAUACUUACCUUCCCGUCUGUGGACAAGAUAUGUACGCAAUAUGGACUAUUUCAUUGAAGUCUGCAUGAAGUACAUUGAUGCAGCCAUGGAAAGGCUUAAGACAAAAGAGGCUAUCGAUGAAUCUGAUUUGUCUUUAGUGGAGAGAAUAUUGGCCAAGGAAACGGAACCCCGAAUGGCGUACAUUCUUGCGUUAGAUUUAAUUCUGGUUGGAAUAGACACAAUUUCCAUGGCUGUUUGUUCCAUAUUGUAUCAGUUGGCAACAAGACCCGAAGAACAGGAAAAGAUUUAUCAGGAACUGGUUAAGAUUCUUCCCGAUCCAUCCGUUCCUCUUACUACGUCACACCUUGAUCAGGCAGUUUACAUGAAAGCCUUCAUUCGCGAAGUCUUCAGAGUAUACUCUACGGUUAUUGGAAACGGAAGAACGUUGCAAAAUGACACUGUAAUUUGUGGCUACAAAGUACCAAAGGGAAUACAAGUUGUAUUCCCAACGGUCGUGACAGGAAAUAUGGAAGAAUACGUAAAAGAUGCCAAAACGUUUAAUCCUAUGAGGUGGUUUAAAGAAUCCACAAAGGAGACACUGCAUCCUUUUGCAUCGUUACCUUACGGCCACGGUGCACGCAUGUGUUUAGGUAGAAGAUUUGCCGAUUUGGAGAUGCAAGUCCUACUUGCCAAGCUGAUACGAUCUUAUAAACUGGAGUACCAUCAUAAACCACUGAAGUAUAAAGUCACCUUCAUGUAUGCUCCUGACGGAGAACUCAAAUUUAAAGUGAUACGAAGAUAA